AUGCGCGGCGUCCGGCUGCCGGCCUGGGCCCCGGGCCCCAGCUCUCGGUCGGUUUUGAGACCGCAGACUGCUGUUCUCCGAGACCUACUUUCCCAAUCAAAUCGACCUUCCGUACAAUCUAUCGGCUUCAAUUACAUCAAACGAUCUUAUACAACACCCUCCGGAGCUCUUCGCGACAAAUCCGGUGGUCUUUCCCGGUCGGGCGAGACCUCCCUGUUGGUUCACCAAAGUGGGCUUCAAUAUACCCCGUCGACGAGCCGUAUGAUUUCACAAACUCGACCGUUCUCUUCUACCACUCGAUUCCUUCAAGAAAAAGUGCUUGCGCCCUCCAAACCCGCCGGUUCCGCCAGCCGUUCAGUUCCGGAAGAAGACGAUACGGAGAAAGGAUUUGAGCUGUCGGAGCGAGCAGCACAAGCUGCGCAAGUCAAUCUGAGUGCUAAGCUGGCUAAAGAUGGUGCUUCUGGGAAGAAGUCCGGCUUCUCGGAGAUUUGGCGUCUGUUGAAGGUUGCGCAGCCCGAAUCCAGGAAGCUCGGGCUUGCAUUCUUCUUUUUGCUGAUCUCCUCGGGCAUAACAAUGUCGAUUCCCCUUUCGAUUGGAAAGAUCAUGGAUACGGCGACCAAGACUGUGACAGAGGGCGGCGGUGAGCUUUUCGGCCUGAGCCUUCCUAUGUUCUACAGCGCUCUGGCGGGUGUCCUAGUAAUUGGUGCCGCCGCCAACUAUGGCCGUAUCAUCAUUCUUCGCAUCGUUGGUGAGCGCAUCGUCUCUAGACUUCGUUCUAAGCUAUUCCGUCAAACUUUCAUUCAGGACGCCGAGUUCUUUGAUGCCAACCGCGUUGGUGACCUGAUCUCUCGACUGGGCUCUGACACCAUUAUCGUGGGUAAGAGUAUCACUCAGAACCUGUCCGAUGGAUUGCGUGCUGCUGUUAGCGGUGCCGCCGGCUUUACCUUGAUGGCCUACACUAGCUUGAAGUUGUCCAGUAUCUUGUUCUUGUUGCUUCCGCCAAUCGGUCUGGGUGCUCUCUUCUACGGUCGCGCUAUCCGAAACCUCAGUCGUCAGAUGCAGAAGAAUCUAGGUACAUUGACCAAGAUUGCAGAAGAACGCUUGGGCAAUGUGAAGACAAGUCAGUCAUUUGCAGGUGAAAUCCUUGAGGUGAAUCGAUACAACAAACAAGUUCGCAAGAUAUUCCAAACCGGCAAGCGAGAAUCUCUGAUCAGUGCGGCCUUUUUCAGUUCGACGGGACUAAUGGGUAAUAUGACUGUUCUGUCUCUUCUCUACGUUGGAGGUGGAAUGGUCCAAACAGGAGCCAUCACCAUCGGAGAGUUGACCUCUUUUUUGAUGUAUACCGCCUACGCUGGCUCCAGCAUGAUUGGUCUUUCCAGUUUCUACUCCGAGCUCAUGAAAGGUGUCGGUGCCGCAAGUCGACUCUUCGAGCUACAGGAUCGCCGCCCGACUAUCCACCCGACUAAGGGCAGGAGGGUAGAGUCUGCACGUGGGCCCAUUCGUUUCGAGAAUGUCACCUUCAGCUAUCCUACUCGUCCUGCAGUAACAAUCUUCAAGAAUCUGGACUUUGAGAUCCCGCAAGGCACUAAUGUUGCCAUUGUCGGACCUUCUGGUGGUGGCAAGUCAACGAUCGCGUCCAUUUUACUCCGCUUCUACAGCCCUACUGCUGGUAGAGUGUUGAUUAACGGGACCGACAUCAGUGGAAUGAAUGCCAAGUCUCUCCGAAGAAAGGUUGGCGUUGUUUCCCAAGAACCUGUACUCUUUUCCGGUACCAUUGCCGAAAACAUUUCAUAUGGUCUGCCGGAUGCAACUCGUUCAGAGAUCAUUGCAGCCGCCCGCAAGGCCAACUGCCAAUUUAUCAGUGACUUCCCCGAUGGCCUUGACACGCAUGUUGGAGCUCGCGGUGCGCAACUGUCCGGUGGACAGAAGCAGCGCAUAGCCAUUGCCCGCGCGCUAAUUAAGAAUCCCGAUAUUUUGAUUCUCGAUGAAGCUACCUCAGCACUUGAUGCCGAGUCGGAGACCCUAGUCAACAGUGCAUUGGCGGCUUUGCUGCAGGGCAAUAACACGACAAUCAGCAUUGCCCAUCGUCUUUCCACGAUCAAACGCUCUGACACGAUCAUUGUCCUCGGACCCGAUGGGACCGUCGCCGAGCAAGGCUCAUACAAAGAGCUUAGUGCGCGUCCGGAUGGAGCGUUCACCAAGCUCAUGGAGUGGCAACUUAGUGGCGGAGAAGCCACUCAGGCCCCUAAGCGGGCUGUGGAGCCUGAAGAGCUUUGGGAACUCCAGAAGGAAGCGGAUCCAGAGUUCUCAGAAGAAGAGGCCGUUGAAGAGCUGCCUCGCAAGAAAGAUUAA